AUGAAAUAUUUUAGAAAAUAAUUGUUAAUAAUCAUUAGUCUAAUCAAUCCUUCCUUUUUGUUAUAUCAAAAUCUGUUGCUAUCCAUGAAUAUUACGCUGAUACUACUAAAUCAAUAUUUGAAGCAUCACAACUAUUUCAAUAUCUAAAAAUUGGAUCAAACUUUAACCUAUCUAUAAUGGUUGGCUAUCUAUUCUCAAUUAUCCUUGGAUUGCUUUUAAUAAUAAAUAUGUGCACAAAUCAUAAUAUUGACAGAUGCAGAUAAAGUAUUCAAAAUUAUUGUGGGGCUUGGUUCAUCAAUUAAUUCUAUUUUGCAGCCAAAUAUAUUUAAGUUCUACUUUACAAUUCCAUAUAUGAUUAUAGUUCUGACUGUAAUCCUGUAUGAUAACAGAACAAGGGAAGUCAAGGAGAAAAAAGAAUCUAUUCAGAAUUAACAGACGAAUCUCAUUACUUUCAAAUAGAAGUCAAUUUAAUUUGAUAAGCAAGCAUCUCAACGAUAGAUUCAAGAAAACAUCCUCCGAUCUCCAGAUGGAGAUUAUCCUGAUAUACAGAACAGCCCCAUAAUUAUGGACUUGUAAUGUAAUGAAGAGGAUGAUGUCCUUGCUUAAAUGUGAUUUUUGUAAUAUGAUUUUAGGGCUUGGAUCCACAAUUAAUCUAUUUUGGUUUACAAUCAAAACUUUGAAAUAGUUUAUCAAAAUUUUUUCCUUGGAAAACUCAAUAAAAAUCAAAAUAAAGGAUUACAAAUCGAUUAUGAAUCCAUCUUCUUGGAAUCCAUAAUCGAGAUAGGAAGUCGAGAAGUGAAUGAUCUCUUUGGAAAUUCUGAAAUUGACUUGGAUUAAGAGAAGUAAUAAGAAAUCUCAUAUGCAUUCUAGUUCCUUGUUCCUGGAUAGCACAGUUCAUAGUAGAUAUAAGAUAAAGGGAGGAUUGCAUAAGAUUAGACAAAUGAUAGGUCAAUUAUAUAACAAUUAUUCUAAGUAAUGCAAGAAGUAAUUUUAGAUGGAAAUUCUUUACAUUCACUCUCUUCAAGAUCAAGAAUGAAGAUUUAGAUUUCGAUAAUUUGAACAUUAGAGUAUUAGUGACAGAAGUCAAAUUGAAACUUUACACUCUCUUCAUGUUCGAACCUAUCCAGAAGACAACUUCCAAAAGGGUCUUAGAUGAACCUCUUCAAUUUCAGAAUGUAUUCUAAACCUUUUUAUCUGAAUCCAAUAAUUAUAUCAAUGCGAUUCAUUUGUUGAUUCUUCUGUGUUCUCACGACAUAGAGAAGAAUAAUGGAAAAGUUUAAAAAGAUUACCUCAAGUAAAUGCGUAUGAGCACUCAGAAGUUCAUGAUGUUCCUUGGUACAAUGAAGGAUCUGACUCUACAAUUGACAAAUUAGCUUACAUUUCGAAAUUCGACAUUUAAAAUAACUGACAUUUUAGAUGAAUUGCAGCUAAUUUAUGAUGAUUGUUUAAAGAUAAAGGAGAUCUCUAUCAUCCCAAUUAUUGACUAAGAAAUGCUAGUAUAUAAUGAUUCAGACAGAGUAAUAUUAAUUGAUAUCAUAGACUAAAUAAGUUCUAAAGUGUCUAUUUGAAAUUGCUAUUAAGUACACGGUCACUCAAAAAAUUAGAAUCGACAUUCAUUAAGUUUCACCAAACAACUAUUAAUUUUAAAUUAAGGAUAUUCCAUUCAGAGAUGAAAUUUCCCAAUUGGGUUAUUCAACUGUAUUGAAGAACACAGCUUAAUUGAUGAAGACAAGUUGUAAAGAUUUUGAUAUGAGCAAUCUCUUGGAAUUGUAGGUUUCUGCUAUGAUAGCAUUUUUAUUAUCUGGUUCACUGCGGAAACCUUUAGAACUAACUUUUGAUAAUCAUAUGUCUGGGACAUUUACUUUUACAGUUGAAUCCCUUUCAAUAAACAGUAAAUAAGCAUACUAUGCUUAAUAGAUGAAACCUAAAAGACCCUUUGAAACAUCUUUAUCUAUGCUCUUAGCCUAAGCUUAAGAUAGCUCUCAUUAUAAAAAUGAAGAAUCCAAAUAUAUGUCAUUUACUUAAAUUUCUAAAUAAUACUCUUUAAAACCUGACACCCCCUUUGAUCUAUAAAGUGCUCACUUUUCACAAAUAUCAAAAAUCAAAUAAGAAUCACCCUAAAUAAAACCAUUGGGAUCUCAACACCAAAGCAAUUCCGGUGGAACCAAUAAGUUUCAAGAUUCCUUAUUUCCUAAAAGCUUAAAUAACAAUCCCUCUCGAGUUAUAAAAAGUGAUUCAGGGGUUAAUAUUUCAUCUAAACCUCCAACCAGCACUUUGGAUUUUGGAGACAGUACUAAUCCCAAUCUUGACCCUCCUGAAUUGAGUCCGAAAUUCUUGCAUGCUGUAAUAAAGUUUAAGCUUACGAAUCAGUGUUGUUCAAAAGUUAUUAUUGCUGAUAAUGAUUACCUUAACGUCUAGGUUCUGCAGAUAUUAUUAAAUAAAUACGAAGUCAAAUCGGAUAAGGCAUUCACUCAACAAUAAACUCUAUAACUUAUACGAAACAAAUAAGAAAAUCCUUGUAGAUGUAAAAAUGGAGCCUAUUUGCUAUACUUCAUAGAUGCCUAUUUACCUGUAAUGAUUUGUGUUUAUAUGUUAAUUAGCAAUCAGGGGUGGAAUUGAUCAAAGAAAUCAAGGGACUAUUUCGAACUCAGUAAGUGGAUAGAGGCUUCAUCAUUGCCAUGGCUAGUUAUAGCGAUAUGGAACUUAAAUUAAAUUGUUUUAAUUCAGGAAUCGAUUAUUUUAUAGCCAAGCCUUUCGAUUUGUUUGAAUUAUCAGCUAUCCUCCAAUAUAUAUAAUUUUGA